UAGCGGAAAAGUGACGUUUUCGUGAAGUUGUGUUGUUUUUUUUUAAUUUUAUUUCUUUUUCGUUGGUCAUUCGUCAUCGCUUUGAACGGUCGUCCUUGGAAAACAGUUUGUGCGCCGAGCGCCGUAGAGUUUAAUCUUUUUGCCCGCGUUAUUGUGGAACGGAACUUCCGGACGGAAUCCGGAUGCGCGAGCGAAAACGCUUAAUCUUCAUGUUGAGCAUUACCUAAAUCUGCCGUGAUGGCGAAGAUGGCAUCGGGAGAUCUUUCGCUGACCAGCACGAGUAGUCAGGAGGAAGAGAGUUCGGAGUAUGUGGGCUAUGAUAACACCCUUCGACCACCAUCUAAUUCCAGUGGCAGCACCACGGCUGCCAACAUGGCCAACAAUAAUGGGCCCUCGAAGGGUGUCAAUAGCGGAUUGGGUGUGUCGGGUGUGUCCGGCGGAAAUGGAGCAAAGUACGAUAUACUGCAAGCGCAGUACAAGUCUGCCAUCCUGGAACUAACCAACCUGCGCCACCAGCACGUGAGCACCAAGCGGCGAUGCGAUGAGUUGACCACCGAACUGAGUCUUUACCAGGAGCACUACGUUGCCGAUCGCAACAAGUUCACGGAUAUAGUAGAGGAGAGCGAAAGGCUCAAGCGGCUACUGCAGAGUCAGCAGGCCCAAAAUGGGAACAGUCAAGUUCCGCCUGGAGGCAGUGGUAAUCCUUACUAUUUUGGGAAAUCCCAGGUAUGCGAUGGCAGCUGCAUUGAGAAACUGGCCGAGCUGAAGAAGGAGCGCAACAUGGUUGCUGUUGAGAGAGAGAAGUACAAAAAGUCCUACAUAGAACUCGAGAAGGAUCGCAUAUACUACCGAGAGCGGGCUGACGAAAUCCAGACGCUGAAGGUUCUGCUCUCCAAAGAAACAAAAACCGUGGUCUCCCUCACCGAGGAGCUAAAUCAACUUCUUUCAGAGAAAGACAAUGUGCUGCAGGAACACCAGAAGAUGUCCGACGAUCUGGUUCUGGCCAACAAGGAGAUCGAACGGCUCAAAAAGGACGAACAGCUUGCCAUGAGCGAAAUAAAGACACUGCAGCUCGCCAACGCGGACCUCAAGAAGCGCGAUCUCUUAAAAUCGCGUGAAAGCUCCUGGUCGAAGGAAUUCCCCAUCGGAAAAGAACUGGAGAACAACAAGGAACUGGAGAAGUUACGAAAAAGUCUUGAAAAGGCUCUUUCUGAGGUUGAGCGCUCCAGCCAGGAUGCAGAGGAGGCGAAGCGAGUUAGAGAUUGGGCUAUAUCGCAACGAGAAAAGAUCGUUCAGGAGCGCGACUCAGUAAAGACUCUUUGCGACAAGAUGCGCCACGAAAGAGAUAAAGCCAUCUCCGACUCGCUGUUGGCCAUUCGGGAUAGUGAGAAGAUUAAGAAGCAAAAGGAUGAGGCUCAAAAAAAGAUUGACCUGCUGAAGGAGCAAAUGGAGCAGCAGGAGCGGCACAAUCUGGAUAGCAAUGCAUCUGGAUCUCGGCGUAGUUUCCGUUUGAGUAGUUACGAGGGUGAAGAUCUCCUUGAAAUAGAGCUGUCUGGUUAUGAGCACACUUCCGAUCUGGGCAUUAUCCUAGAUGACAGCAACAAGCGAAAGCUGGUGUGUGGCGUGACAAGCAGUUCUCCCGCUUGUGGAAAGCUCAAAAUCAACGAUGUCAUCUGCAAAGUGAACAACCUAGACUGUCAAUCCUUGUCGAAACGCAUUGUUCUAGACGAGAUCCGUGCCUGUGCACCCCGUUCCGUCCUUCUGGUUUCCCGUACUCGUCACAGCAAACGACACGCCUAUUCUGUUCAGCUAAAAACUAGGGAUCGGAAUUGCCCUCAUGGAUUGCAGCUGGACAUGGGAGUGUUCAUCGCAAAGAUUGAGCAGAACUCGCUGGCUUUCUACGAACCGGAGCUGGACGUUGGUGACCGAGUGCUGAGCAUUAACAACAAGUCGAUGGACUCGGUACAGUCUAUCGAGGAGGUUAUGCAGGUUCUUAAUGAUCCUCGGAGCGAUGGUCUCAACCUUUUUGCCCUAAAGUACGUGCAGGAUCAGUUACCUCCAGGCAUGACCACCUCAUCGGCACAGACAGACUCCAUUGACUCCAUGCAGCAUGUGUCGAGCGGUGGUGGAGGGGGAGGAAGUGCUGCAAGUAGUGCCAGCAAACAUCCGUCCAGAUUCGCUGACUUCUUCCUUCGAAAGCUUAAGUUCAGCAAGACGGGCACACCGGAUGAUAACUUUGAACAGGAGCACGACGACGCAAUCGCCGCUCUGGAUUCGGUGCUUAGUGAAAACAGCUCAGAGAAGAGCAAGGAGAACUUGUUCAACCGCAAAAAGCGCACUAAAAAGGAAAAGGAGGCUUCCAAGAGCAUGGGUACCUGGCCGCGGACCAACAUUUCGCACGACAACCCAACGGGCACAAUGCGUGGCAAUGAGAAGAAACAUGCCCUGAUGUCGCUUUUCACAGCCGGUCCAAUCAACGUAGACAAAGAUGAUGAAAUUGUGGGCGAUAUUGGAGUGCCGGAGAAGCAGCCGACAGUUCUAAUGCAGGAACAGCUGCCUCCACCAUUGCCCCCACAAAUGUCAAAGCCCUUGGCACACAUACGAGGGGCCAACGGGAGCGCCAUCAAGGCACAUCCCAACCGCAACUCUAAUCCGGUGAGCUCGGGAGUCUCAGCCCUUUUUCCUCCCGGUUCCUCUGGAGGCUAUACCACCCAUCCCAGGCACUCGCUCUACGGUGAGGAGAUUAGCCAAAAGCCGAUGCAGAGAGCCCCCCUGAUGGGCGCCAAUGCGAGGGUAAAAAUGCCCUCUCAGGAGCGCUAUGGACCCAGGCCGCACAGUAACAAUCGUUUAUCGCUGAACAUCACACCCAGCGGAGAUUUUUAUCAGCCCAAGACCAGUGGUCAACAGGCGCAGCAGCAGGUGAUGAAUGCCUCGUCGGCAUCAUCGGGCUUUGCAUUAGGAUCGGGGUCAAUGGGUGGAGUCACGGGUCCGGCGGCUGGCGAGUUUCCAGUGCGUAAGCAACAGGUCUUCGACGUCUUCCACCCACCACCACUGCCCAAAAACAGUUCUGGAUCCAAUCCCAAUGCCGUGUUCAUGCCGCUUAAUCCGCCCAGAGGCAGUCAUCCGUUACCAGUUGGCCAACCUCCAGACGUGGUGUCCCUAAAAUCACAGAACUCCAUAGAGUCCAUUCUGUCUGCCAAGAGUCCGGCCACCAGCGAGUACGGUGUGUACGCCAAACGCCAUGUGCCCAUGCAGGCGGUGAGGCAUGUGCCCAAGUACCCAAGCGACAGCGAGAGCAUUGGCUCCGGUAUUCAUGGGGGGGGAUACGCAGGCUUUCUUCAGUCAACCCAUAUCCCGGGAAAUAGGCACACGCAGCUUUUUCCGACGUUUGGUCCAGGAGUGAGGGGCAACCGUAGAUCCAGUCCACUGACCCUACCCUCCCCACCGCCUCAGCAGCAGUUGCAACAACUUCCUACGGCAGUUGCACCGCUCGACAACGUUGGAAUACCUACUGACCUGGACUACCAUCCGCACCACCAUGCGCAGACCAACCCGCAUCCCCAUCCACAUGCUCCAUACCUCGAUUAUGGACAUGGACCCUAUCCAUACAUGGGAGUUGGAGGAGGAGUCUCGGGAGUGGCUGGUGGAAUUUAUGAGGGUGGAACCUUUCCACGUAAGAAGGACAACCAACGGUUAAGGAUUCCAUCCAACCCCAGUGUGGCUAGCAAGAGCAGCAGCAUGGUCAAGAACAGCUCCGGAAGCAUUGACCAUCACUAUGUCACGAACACGGCGCCAGCUUCUGGAGGGUCUAUGUCGGCAUCAUCCUCGGAUCGCGCACCCAUCUCCCUGAUGAGUUCUAGUAUUCACAAUAGUUAUGGUGCAAAUAUGGCAGGGGGCAAUGGAACUGGAUCAGGAGUUGGAGGAGGCGGCGGAGGAGGAAGUGGGCGAGGAUCGCCUAUGCCGCAAGUCCAUGUAGAAGUCCUUAGCCACGGCGGCGGUGGAAGUGGCAAGCGCAACUCCAAUGUGCCUGCGGAUUUUCUCUGCCCCGGAGACCUUAGAAGAGUCACCAUCGACAAGCGUGACAAGUCGCUCGGUAUCACGAUUCAGUGCAACAACAACGGCGGAGGAAUCUUCGUGUCCACCGUCGCCGAUAAAAGCACAGCGAUGCGUGCCGGUCUCCAAGUGGGCGAUCAACUCUUGGAAGUUUGUGGCAUCAACAUGCGGGCGGCCACACAGGAGAUUGCGGCCAACGUGCUGCGGCAGUGCGGUGACUCUUUCACGAUGCUCGUGCAGUACAAUCCGGAGAAGUUUCCUUCGAUGGAAUACGAGGGGGCGCACAAUCUGGAACCAGAAUCUCCCGUCAACCACUCGGGCUCUCCAACUCCGCGCAACUCUCCGCGUCCUCCUGCUCGCAAUUCGCUCUUCCCUUUGACAUUGCAGCCGCAGGCUCCUUCAACAAGAUCUGGUUCGAGAGCUCCGCUUUCGCAUCAGUCCAUCAAAGACCAGAGCUUCACCGACAGCCUGGAGAAUCAGUCGGAUAUCAGCAGCAGCCAGGAUAUGCCCUCGUCAGCGGCCACUACCACUACUACGACUGCCUCGGCCACAUCGACGGUCUACGAUGAGGAACCCAAGCCCGCCUUGCCGCCGCCGCCUACAUCCGUUCCGGCAGAGACUUUGAGGUAUGUGACUCUGCAUAUGGACAAGUCAAAGAACCUGGGCAUUAAGUUGUUUGGAGGCAACAAAGUAGGCAUCUAUGUGCACGACGUGGCGCCUGGAUCGCCCUCGGACCAUGCAGGAAUACGUAAAGGUGACCAGAUACUGGAGUACAAUGGCGUGGACUUAAGCGGGGUCACCGCAGAGCAGGCAGCCAAUGAGAUAUCAAAACUCACGGAUACGGUCACCAUGUUGGUGCAGAAUAAACUGCACACUCUGAAACAAAUUAAAGAUGAGCCUGGCGACUCCUUUUACAUUCGCGUGGGGUUUGACCGGAUUGGUGAGUUGAACGAGGACGACUUGCGUUUUGUUAAGGACGAGGUGCUCUAUGUGGACAACACGGUCUUUAACGGCACGUUUGGCUUGUGGCGAGCCUGGAAGCUAGAUGCCAUGGGCCAUCGAAAGGAAUGCGGUAUAAUACCCAGUCAAAUGAAGGUGGAAGAGGAACUGCGUUCGGGGGAAGUGGUGGACUGUGAUACGGGAACCGCCAGACGCGGCAGCACUUCGGCCAGAAGAUCGUUUUUUCGUCGCAAAAAGAACCAGCGCAGCUCGUCCCGCGACUCCACGGAGAUUGCCAGCUUCAGCAAUACACAGCUUAGCUUCUUUCCAGACUUAGGCCUGCUGAACGAUGAUGGUGGAGCCCUAAGCUACCAGAGAGUGGAGCUGUUAGACUCCCCCAUUCGCCGGCCCGUGCUGAUCAUCGGACCGCUGUCCGAGUGCCUUAUGGACCGACUGACCAUUGACUUUUCCAACCUCUUUAAGCUGUGUGAGGUAACAGCAAUGGACUGCUCGCAGGAUGCCAUGGAGGAGGGCCUGAAGGAGAACAUAUUCGUGGACUAUCGACGGCGGGGCAACAAGUUUGAGUGCACCACCGUCGAGGCUAUCAGCAAUGCAUGCAAGAAUGAUCGUCGUCACUGCAUCCUGGACGUUUCAAUCUCCGCCGUAGAGCGUCUGCAGCGUUUACAAAUAUACCCUAUUGUCCUACUGCUGCGCUUUAAAUCCGCGAAGCAAAUUCGCGAUAUUCGAGACUUUGGUACCGACAAAAUCUCGGCCAAAGCGGCCAAGGAGAUGUACGAGCGGGCUAUGAAGCUGGAGACCGAUUACAAGCAGUACAUAUCAGCCGUCAUCCCUGGCGUCAGUAUCAAGCACAUGUGCACCCAAAUCAAGGACGCGGUCGACAAAGAACAGGACAAGUUGCUUUGGGUGCCCGUGUCGAGUGCCUGAUCCAAUCGGAUCACCUGGACAACAUGAUGUGGGGUCUUCCUAGUUUUUAGUUAUUAGCACACAACGCGAAACUCACGCCUAGUAUUCUUCAACGCGCAUCAAUAGUAUCGAGUUCGUAUUUGUUUUGUUUAACGCAGAGUAUUCAAUUGGCGUCGACUUGCAACUAAGUUGUUUGCAUUUAGGGCGCGGUAUUUCUACCUGUUUCUUGUCUCUGUCAUCUAAUUUAUGUCUGUAGAUGUAGUCUUUGUUCGUGGUUCGUCUGUCCGGUCCGGCAGAUAAAUUCUGUCAAACUUGAUCACAAACAAGGGAAUUGUUUCCACAAUUUAUAUAUCUUAUUUAUAUAUACCGUCUGGAACUAGAUUUCCUAUUAAGGCGUUAUUCUAAGCCGAAAGUCUGUUUGUAUGCAAUUUAUUAUUAUGUAAUUGUAAGUAAAAACAUUUAUAUUCUACGUUGCUUACCUAAACCAUUUGAUCAACUCGGUGGCAAAAAGAGUUUGGCUUUAAACCUUCAACUGUUCAGCUGUGUAUAGUAAAUAGUUUCAUCUAAACCAAUUUUCUUUGAGAACUACUUCUAAAUUGAGCUUUACUUACGACUACUUUUCUUGGCAAGUGCCUUUGGCCGAUCCUGAAAAUAAAAACACGGCUAGUUAAGCAA